GAUUUAGAGAUGAGGGAGUACAGCCAAAACGAUUCCUCCGCUGGAAGUGAGGAUUUUUCCCAUGGCGACCGCUGCUGCCUCCUUCCGCCCUCUCACCGCCGCUGCAGCUCGAUGUCAGUCCUCAACCUCCUUUUUUUCCCGCCGUUUCGCUCUCUUCCACCUCGCCAGCGCUGUACCACAAGCCCAAUUGUUUGGUAUAAAACCUUUGCAACUGAAAAGGAUGGCAGCAGAAGAAGUCUUAGUCCGUUCUACUGGAAACAUUGCUCAAACUAGUACUACUAUUAGUCAGGAGAAUGCCUUGGAAUGGGCCAAGAAGGACAAUCGAAGGCUACUUCAUGUUGUCUAUCGUGUGGGUGAUUUGGACAAAACAAUAAAGUUUUAUACGGAGUGUUUGGGUAUGAAAUUAUUACGGAAGCGUGACAUCCCUGAGGAACGAUAUACAAAUGCUUUCCUUGGCUAUGGUCCUGAAGAUUCACAUUUUGUUGUUGAGCUCACUUAUAAUUAUGGAGUUGAAAAAUACGAUAUUGGAGCGGGUUUUGGUCACUUUGGUGUUGCAGUUGAAGAUGUUGCUAAAACUGUUGAUCUUAUAAAAGCCAAAGGGGGUAAGGUGACAAGGGAACCAGGUCCUGUAAAGGGUGGUAAAAGUAUCAUUGCAUUUAUUGAAGAUCCCGAUGGUUACAAAUUUGAACUUUUGGAGAGAGGUCCAACACCAGAACCAUUGUGCCAAGUAAUGCUUAGAGUGGGAGAUCUUGAUCGAUCUAUAGAAUUCUAUAAGAAAGCUUUUGGCAUGGAUCUUCUACGUAAGCGGGAUAAUCCGGAAUAUAAGUAUACAAUUGCAAUGAUGGGUUAUGGUCCUGAAGACAAGAGUGCUGUACUAGAGUUGACCUACAACUAUGGGGUUAAAGAAUAUGACAAAGGAAAUGCUUAUGCACAGAUUGCAAUAGGCACAGACGAUGUAUAUAAAACUGCAGAGGCUAUAAAAUUGUAUGGUGGAAAGAUCACUCGCGAACCUGGACCUUUACCUGGCAUCAGCACUAAGAUCACCGCUUGCUUGGAUCCUGAUGGUUGGAAAACAGUCUUUGUUGAUAACAUUGAUUUUGCAAAGGAAUUGGAAUGAGCUACCUACACAAUUCCCAAGGCUUUUUAAUUUUCCAAUCAUUCUUGAAGAAGCUUCCUGUUUCAGAUCUUAAUCUGUAAAUAAAGCCUUUGAUUCUACCAUGUGAAUGUGUAACAUAGAGUAACAACUGCAAUCGGAGAAGACUGUAGAUGUGAGUUUUAUUUUGCAAUGUUUGUUCAUUAAUUUAAUUAUCUUUUUGGGGGAUUUGAGUUUCAUUACAUGUCAUGAAUGUCAAAUAGUACUUUUUCAGUCU